AUGAUAUUACGACGUUUAUUGGAGCCACAAACGUUGACCUGCUUAUCGUUGAGGUGGAAUUGUCCAUGGCAUCGAAGCAACUUCCGUCCAUGCUACUUCCCGUUUAAGCUUCAGGAAAAACUAAACACUCAAACGAUUGAGACGCGAACAAAAACCCGUGGCGGACGUUUAAUGCUGAUGCGAAGAGUUCUACGCGAGCAGCCAUUCUUGGGAUACGUAACAAAGCCUCCACAACCAGAGAAAGUUGAAUAUCCAAUU